GUCCUCGGGAUUAUGACAAACAGAUACAGAAGGAACAAAGGUCACCAGCUCAGUUGGAUGGAAUGUAGGUAACUAUAUAUCCAUUGUAUCACCCCGGGUCUUCUCGUGGUUCUGCAUCAUUCCUCGGGUCUUCAAAGGCGCCAUCAUCGCAUUCUUUGCUUAUCACCGUCAAUGUACCACCACUAGACAUACACCCUUAUCAAACUAUCAGUAAAUAGUGGUAUCAGCUAUCAGCUACAUUAACCAUCGCCGUGUCAUAUAUCCCUGUCGAAUACAGCAGACGUGGUUUCAAAUAACCCAUACACGAGCCAAAUCAAAUCGAACUCAUUGUAAAUAUGAUUGCUGCCGAUCUCCCUGACUCGAUUGCUUCUUUGCCACAGGGCGACUCUCCUGAAAUUGUCCUGGUCCCUGCAACGCCCGAAGAACGGAUUAAAUCCCUCGAAUUGAACAGCAUCGUGUGGAAAGGGCUCCUGGAUAUCGAAACAUAUAUUGCCCGAGAGAACCAUCUUCACCAGCAACGAUUGACCCGUGAUGGCUUGACCUGCUGGAUUCUCGUCGAUCGCAGGCAGCCAGUAGGAGACCGGACAAUCCUUAGCUCCUGUGAAACGUACAAGAAAAAGGCACUCCUAGCGUUCAACGGCAAGGUGGAAGAAGUGUCCACUCAUGGAGUGGGGAGCGUUUAUUGCCGGCCUGAGUUCCGAGGGAAAGGGUAUGCGAAAAGAAUGGUGGCAGAUUUGAGCAUGAAGCUUGAUACUUGGCAAAUGGAAGACGAGCCCAGGCACAGAUCACUUUUCACGGUCCUGUAUUCGGACAUUGGCAAAUCGUUUUACGCCAAAUAUGGCUGGAAACCCUUCCUAUCCUCGCAUAUUUCCCUUCCCCCUAUCUCCAAGGAGGAGUAUGGGCGGGAUAUCCCCGGAGCCAACCUACCAAAGGCGAAAACUCUGGUUGCCAAUGAUGUUCAAGCCUCAAUGUGCAGUGAUCGGAUUCUGCAAAAAGAACGUGAACUUUUACGAGUCGCCUCUGAGAAGUCUCCCAGUGCCAAGGUUGCCAUAUCCCCUAAUUUCGACCAUUUCGUAUGGCAUUGGGCACGAGAGGAAUUUUUGGCAGAAAGAAUGCAUCCCGACAGAGAACCACCAACAAUCAAGGGUGCUGGCGACGACAAGUCCCGGGUAUACUGUGCCUGGAACAGAAACUUCGGCGAAACACCACAAGAGAAUACUCUUUACAUCUUGCGGUGGGUGUAUGACGAGCCAACCACACCAGAAGAGACAGAGGCCACAUCGAAAGCCAUAGCUGCAGUAUUGCGGCGGGCCCAACUUGAAGCACACGAAUGGAACAUGGCAAAGGUCGAGUUUUGGAACCCAACUCCAUUGGUGCAAAAGGCGGUUCAUCUUCUGGAUCCUACCACCAAGCUGGUGCACCGGGAAAAUGAUAGCAUUGCCAGUCUGAAAUGGACAGGUGACGCGCAAGGUUUUGGUAAAGACGUUGAAUGGUGGUGGAACGAGAAGUAUGCCUGGUGCUGAAACAACCGAGCAUUGCGUUUCAUUCCAUCAUUCUGCAUUUUUGUGGGUAGACUCAUGAGUCUGUUGCUAAUUUGGCACUGGAGGUGCUCAACAUAGAUCGUGAAAGACUGCGGAACCGAAACUCUUUUGAGAUUGUGAAGUAUAAUGUAUAAUGUUUGGCGCAACCUUUCGGCUGCCGUGUAUUUCAGCGUCGUUUUUGGUUUUUGAAUAGCUCAUGCCAAUUCCUUGUCUUUUUGGCCGCUGUGGCAGCGCUGGAAUCUGCCGAGAGGUUCUUCUUAACCUUUUCCCGAUCGACUUCGUUGACGAAGCAAAUUGAUACAGGAUCGGGAUGUUGAUAUGAGUUUUCC